AUGAGGCAAAGACUUGUGAAUGAAAGGAAAAAUAAAGAGAUUCUUCUUACUGCCGAUGCUAGGAAUGACUCGCCAGGACAUUGUGCGCAAUAUUGCACAUAUACAAUCACUGAUAUGGAAGAUAAAGUUAUUCUGCAGCAAGAUGUUGUAGAUGUACGUGAGGUAGAAGGCCGGAAGAGCACAAACAUGGAACGUGUUGGUUUUGAGAGGGGGAUGGAUGCUAUACUAAGCACUGAGAUUAUUGCAAAAGAAGUAAUAACUGAUGGGCAUACUGGAAUUGCAUCAUUAAUGAGUAAGUUUUUUAUGAGUAAUUUUGUUUUGGGACUGACAGUCACAAUGUGGUAUGCUGAUGUACAGUAGAUGCAUUUCCAAGGUUCUAACUGGAUUCAGAUAUAAAUUAUUUUGUUGUUUUUUUAUGGAAGGCAAUAGGCAUGGCCAGACCACAUAAAGCAUACCACACACCUUAGGCUUCCGCUCGUUCCGCCAAUAGUCUGCCUGGAGUGUCCCUAAUCAUGUCAUGAUUUUGCAAGCACAUUUUAAAAUAAUGUUGUCUGUCAAAGGCAUUGCCCUUGGCUUGCAAUAGAACCAUAAAAUGUAUUUAAUUUCUCGAUUCUCUGUUUUAUAGUGCUGUGCUAAUUGUGGGUUUUUCACCAUCGGUUCCAGCCAAAAAAACUCUGGCUCCGGGGAAAAACAAAAAUUUCCAGCUCCGGAAAAUUUGUGAAAACUUCCCUUAAUAUGUGACGCUUCCCUUAAUAGAAAAUUUCCAGCUCUGGAAAAUUUGUGAAAACUCAAAAUUUCAUGGCCAUUUCAAAGUAGAAACACUAUCUUAAUUUGCUUUUGAUUUUAACACUUUGCAUGAAUAUUUCAUACUAAUAAUGGCACAAUGCACAAUUAUAUUGGUCGCGCAAGAAAAUACAAGAAGCAGUUGCUCACAGAGGCAAUGUCAAUGUGGCUAAAACUUUUCAUCAUUAAACUAAAUAAAGGCAGGUUUACCUAUGUUUGACAGUAGCUUGCAGCAAAAAUAAGUCAUGCUGGAGUUUUGCCUGAGCUGAACAAACUACGGUACUAUGGCUCUGGCAAAAUAGGCCAAAACUCCGGCUUCAGCUUCGCUGCACAGCACUACUGUUGUAUUGAGUCAAAGACCAUAAAACUAUCCACGGACCACAAUAUAGCAAAUUAUGUUCAAAACAAACCAAACAAAAGUAUUAAAAAUAACUCAACUAUUUUGCCAUAAACAGCUAAAGUAAACUUUAAAAUCAACCAAGAUGGUGCCCAAUGAGACGUUGUGACAUCAUGUGCAAGCCAAGAAUACUGUAUUAUUAUUAAUAGUACAUUACAAUUAUAUGCGUGGAUAAAACCUAUAAGUGACAAAGGAAUGAUUGUUUUUUAUUUUUCCAAAUAAUUACAAAUUUAUAACAACAGUACUAAUACCUAAAAUUUUCUUACAAGCAGUGCAUGCAUUUCACAUCUGGGUGUGCUGCAUCCCUAGCUCACCAAAAGUCGUAGAAAGAUCUUUAGUCAGGUUUAUUUACAAUGAACAACAUGUAUUCCACUUAUUGUUUCAUUUAUGGUAGAUUCAUAAAUAAAUGGUUUGAAACAUUUUUAACAGGUCACUGUGAGAAGUAUGCUGAUAUUGUACAUCAACGAGAUGUCUGGCAUGGUGGGAAAAAUAUUGGGAAAAAGGUCGCAAAUGUAAGUGGACUUUCUUUAGUUUUGUUAUUUGUAUAAAAUAAUAUUGCUUGCAGUACAUCAUACAAACGUAUUUGUUUUGUAAAUCGUAAUACACCUGUACAUUACUAAUUUAUUUUGAUUGCACUCAGACAGUAGACCUAACCCAAGAUAUUUAACCUUUUAUCACAAUGAGUGACAGGUUUGUACCACUGAUAUUAAGCUAGACAGGCAUCAGACAACAUAAAAUAUAUACUAAACUAGUUGGUGCAUUUGAACAAUGCCUGCUAAUAGUUAACAAUAGAUAUUUAUUAAUUCAUCUUCCUUUUUGCCUAGUACAGUAUGUGCUAUGAGUGUUACGGAGUGCUGUAGAUUAGUCAUGUAAUUUGAUUUUAGACAGAGUGACUGACAAUUGAAGGUAGGUUCCAAUGAACAAGGUUUUCUGUUUUAUCAUUGUAGGUAGCAAAGGAAAAGGGAGAUGAAGAUUUGUUGCAAUGGUCAGGGGCUGUGAAAAAUCAUUUUUGGUAUUGCAGUCGCCUGUGUAAUGGGAAUGUUAAUGAUUUUAAGGUAUGUAAGUACUACACUGUCAGCCAACAUUUACAGUACUUAUUGUUACUUACUGUAUUUUUUAUUAUUAAUUAAAGAGACUUUAAUUUACAGUUGCACUUAUUGCAGUUGACCUUAUAAUUUUGGUCAAACACCUUAUUAAAGGUCCCAAGACCAAGAGUUGGGGGGGGGGGUUUGAGGCUAAUUUCAGGAGAACAUUUUUAGGAUUUGUGGAGAGGAAUACUUCACCAUGUGGUAAAUGAGCAUGAAUGGCCGAUAGAUGAUGGUAAAAGUGCUGGAAAAUGUGGCCACGAUCCCCUUAGUGAUGAAGAGAGGGAAAAGCCAUGGUUGGAAAAGAACAGCAAGGUACAUAAGGCGCUACAAAAGAUUGUGUUAAGCAAGAGAUUCCUGAAUACAUUUCUAUAUUUUACUAAUUUCAGGUAAGGGAAGAUUUAUUUUUUAUUACUCAAUCAAUAUUGUUACAAUCAAUAUUGUUACAUAACUAUAAAUUUCAUGAAUAUCACUGAUAUUAUUUUUUUAUAUUUGAAGGCACACAGGUUUCCUCGAGUCGUUCCACAAUCACUUGUUGAUGUAUUGUCCAAAACGACAUUCAUACUCGUAAGUAGUAUAAUUGUACAUUAGCCGGCAUAAACAUUAUUUUAUAUAAAACAUUUGAAUACGCCAACCCACCUACCACCAACAUGCAGUAUAAUUAUGGACUAGCACCUUUUAGUGGGUUACAUUUUAAUGUUUACAGUACUUAAGAAGAGAGAGUACUGUACCAGGUAUCACAUUGGCAGACAGUUUCAUUAACUUAUGCGCUGUCCUGCGUUGUUUUACUUUCUAAUGCCAGAUGAUUUUAUUUGUGUAAAGUCUGAAUGAAAUGUUCAAUUUUUAUUUUACUUCUUAGGUAUGUUGGAUACAAGUUAAGGAAUCAACUGGCUGUCAUCGACUUCAAUAGCCAUAGGAAUCGACAGCCUUGUAAAAAUGCUGCUGGAGAAAUUGUGUAUGUAACUAAAUUUUUUUUUUGGGGGGGGGAGGGUUUCGCAUAGAUUACAGUAUAGAAUUGUAUUUGCUAUAAUACUAUACAUGUAGCUGCAUUAUCAGAAUACAUUUGAGAAAAUGGGCAAACUUGCCAAAAAAUUAUGUAUACUAACCGGUUACAAGAUUUAGGUUGAAUCUUGUAUGUAUACAACAUAUAAAGUAGCAAACUGUGCUAACAAUGUGUUGAAUGUUCUUCAAAUGCGUAUAAUUAUAUUUUAUUAUAUUUUUAUGUUGAGUUUCUAUUUUUAAUGUCAGGCACCGUGGCCAGUACAGCAAGCGUACAAAACAGUGGCGACCAGUUACUGUCCUUCAACCAAAGGAUUAUGGUUAUAUCCCGACGCUUAUUGUGAAGAUCUUUGAGGAGCAAUUGAAAACUGGAAAUGUUAACAGAAAAAUUGUGAGAGGUGCAGAUGACCCAAGGAACAUCGCUGCAAACAUUGCAGUAAUGCCAAGACCAAGUAUUGAACAUCUGGUACAAGUACAUAAGUCCAGAUUCUAA